AUGGUUCCCCCGGUUCGCACAGAGAAGAAUGAAAAGGCGGUGGCCUAUGCCAAAUCCCUGACCCACGUCCCCUGGUGCGAUGACUACGAAAAGAUGAUCUCCGGAAUGCUCUACAGCUGCAUGGCACCCGAGCUGGUUCACGCCCGGAACCGAGCACGUCGCAUGGCUCAGAAGUUCAACACCUAUGUCCCCGAUGAGGAGGCCACGGCGGAACAAGUCGCCGACAAGAGGGUUGCCAUGAUCAAGGAGCUGUUCGGCAAGGUGGGCGAAGACAUUUACCUUGAGCCGAGCUUGCAAGUAGACUACGGCUGCAACAUCACCAUUGGAGACCGGUUCUAUGCCAACUUCAACACCGUCAUUCUGGACUGCGCACACGUCACCAUUGGUGACCGCGUCAUGUUCGCUACUGGUGUGAGCCUAAUCACGGCGACGCAUGAGACUAGCCUGCAGUCCCGGAGAGACAACAUUGAGUAUGCGGAGCCGAUCACGAUUGAGGAUGACUGCUGGCUGGGAGCCAAUGUUACGGUGCUUCCUGGAGUCACGAUUGGCAAGGGCUGUACCAUCGGCGCCGGAGCGGUUGUGAAUAAGGAUGUUCCUCCCUAUUCAGUUGCUGUCGGAGUUCCAGCCAAGGUUGUCGGUAAAGUAGAUCCGAUAGAUUAA